ACACUUGUUCAAAUUGACAAAAAUGACAUAACACAAACACUUUUAAGUGGGUUUGCUAUUGUGUUUAGUAACUUCUAAUUUUAUAUAUAUUUAUGUUACUCUAGUGUCACUUAUCAGUAUUUAAUUUUAUUGUGUUUAUGAGGUAGAGUGAUUGAAGUCAAAAAGAUGGCAUGGACGAAACGUCAAAUACUGCUAACUUUGCUUAUGGUUAUAACUGGUAGUAUCAAUUCACUAAGUACAAAAUGGGCUGAUACAAUAAAAUCCGUAGACAGGUAUGGAAAAGAAAAGUUAUUUAAUCAUCCAUUUUUCCAAGCCUGUGGUAUGUUUAUAGGAGAACUGACUUGUCUGCUGGCAUUUAAAAUCUUGUACAAAUAUUAUAGCAGAAGAGCGGAUGGUACAGAAGAUGUGAACGAAUUAACUAAAGGCAAUAGAAACUUCAAUCCGUUAAUUCUCUUCAUACCUGCUAUGUGCGACAUGACAGCGACAUCAAUUAUGUACAUAGGACUGAAUUUAACAUAUGUAUCAAGUUUUCAAAUGUUCCGAGGAUCUGUGAUAGUUUUUGUAGGGUUACUUAGUACUGCAUUUUUACAAAGGGUCUUAACCAAAAAGCAAUGGUCGGGUAUAGUUUUAAUUAUAAUUGGAUUGGCGCUGGUCGGUGCAGCCGAUUUUAUUUAUAAAGAUACAAACAGUAGUCAUGGAACAAACGACGUUAUUACAGGUGACAUGUUAAUAAUCAUAGCACAAAUUAUUCAAGCUGUUCAAAUGGUGGUAGAAGAAAAAUUUGUUUCUGGACAGGAUAUUCCACCAUUACAAGCUGUCGGUUGGGAAGGAUUUUUUGGAUUCAGCAUACUAGCCCUUCUCCAAAUACCGUUCUAUUUCAUUAGAGCCGGUCCACCGGUAACCGAAAAUUCUGGAGAUCGAUUAGAAGAUGUCAUUGAUGCUUUUGUUCAAAUGGGUCACAGUGGAAAACUUACAACUGCAAUAUUAGGUACUAUCAUAUCAAUCGCUUUCUUUAAUUUUGCUGGUAUCAGUGUUACGAAAGAACUUUCAGCUACUACCCGGAUGGUUUUGGAUAGUGUCAGAACAAUUUUCGUGUGGAUUUUCAGUAUAGCGUUCUUUCAUCAAGAUUUCCAUUGGUUGAACCUGGUUGGUUUUGUCGUACUUCUAAGUGGAAUGUGCAUUUACAAUGGAAUAACCGGAUAUCCCUUACUUUUAAAAAUAAAAAGUUGUAUUUGUAGUAGAAGAUACGGGACAGUGGACGAAGAUAUUGUAGUUAAUAGAAAUGCUCAGGAUGUUGAACAACAAUAAGCACUUACUAAUGACAUUUUAUAAAAACGAAUAUCUAUUUAGAAUGCAGUUUUGAGGAAAUUAUCACUGGUUUUAUUUAAGCUCUCAGAGAAAGGGUAUGUCACUCAAAACUGUAUUAUUUAAUUGCUUCAAUUCUCUGAUAAACAAAGGAUUUUACUAUUUUUAGAUUAAGGUUAAAACAUAUUUUUUUAAAAUUAGAGAAUUAAUUUCAAUAUUAUCCCCUUGCAAACUACAAAUGGUUGCUUACAAUUUGUCCAUCAACUGUUGAAGUAUAUGCGAAAUAGUAAAGAACAAUAAUAUGUGCAAUAGGCGCUAGUACUAGAUACUAAUACCAAUUACAUAUUCAAUUUAUAUAAUUUUUUCUAAAUAUGUUUAAAUUAAAAAAAUUAGGAAAUGUUGCAAAUGUUAUCAAAACCGAUAUUUCUAACAAUCUUCAGUUCUAUUAAAUUAUUGCCAACAAAAUUGCUCUUGUCUUCGAAACGACAUGCUAAAUGUCAAUACUUCUUUCGUAAAUUUAUGUUUUUUUGUCAACCCAAUGGACCUACUAAACAGUGUAUAUUUUUUAUGUAAGAAAGGAAGCACAAGAGAGUAAACCCUAUUACAUUUAAGUAGUUCGAGUGGUGCCUGCGUUUGAAGAUGCCUGUGGAUAUUGAUCUGGAACUUGUGUAGUUUGUAGUAUUUAGGAAAAAUGUGCCUUGGUAGCUGAAUCAAUAGGCUUGCACUUCUCCAAAGAAA